CUCGCCGCGGCCGCCGUCGGCCUCCUCGUCGAGGCCUCCAAGCGGCAGCGGCAGCAGCCAGCCGUCGGCUCUCGCGGCUCCUCGACGCCGUCCGCUGCCGCGCGGCUCGCAUGUCCGGCGCCCGUGCAAAGUGCUUCUGGCCGCGCACUCUAACACCCUUCCUGGGCCCCCCUCACCCCCUAUGCUGCUCCGCCGACGCCGGCGAGGUGUGUCUCGCCUGACGCGCCGCGACAGGGCAUCGCCGCUAAAACCCUCCCUGCGUGCGUGCGUGGGCGUGCUGCAGCGCGUCGGCUCGGCGCAGCAUCGGCGCGUGAUGCCGUGCCUGAGAGAACCCGCACGAGAUGCGCAGGGUGUGCUGGUUCGGUUCGGCGUGGGAACAGGACAGGGCAGCGCCCUUCUCGCGUCCUCGCGAAGGUCGCACGAGCUCGCAGAGCGACGCCGGCUGGCAGAACAGCGCUCGGUUUGGGAACAGUAUCUGGCGUGGGAGGUGACGAGCUGAUUUUGGGCGUGACUGGGUCUUCAUAGAGCGGUGCGAGCCGCUUUCAGGAGAGUUGGCGGACGCAAGGCUCGUUCGGAAC